GCGCGACGAGGAAGUGCUGUUGUUGUCGCGCUUGUCCUUCACGUCCUCCAUCCCCUUCAUGUUACAAAAGUGUACCUACCAUACGUUGUUUUUGAAGCUAAGCUGUGGUAAUUGUCUUUUUUAAUGGAGUGACGAGGGGAAGAGAAGAAGUGGGUCGGAACCGCGGAGUCGUCUUUUUAUUUGUUUAGCUUUUUAUUCGGUGAUCAGGAAUGGCGGCUCCAAACUCAGCGCAGAGGAAGGCCUGCUGGGACGCCAGGGAUCAACUCUGGCAAUGUUUGGACGACAACAACGACAAGAUUCAAUCCUGCCAGCAGGUCCAGGGAGACUUCGAGGCCAAAUGUCCAGCUCAGUGGGUGAAAUAUUUCACCAAGAGGAGAGACUUCCUGAAGUACAAAGAGAAGAUGCAGACAGAAGGCUUCACACCUGCUGAAGGCCCACAAGUAAACUCCUAACUCCUACCAAACAGGAACUCUGGAGACUGACUUUUAAUCACAUGAACUCCUGAGUGGAGUUUUCAUCGUGAACACAAAAACACCUCACCUUUACCGUUAUUUAUGUGACGAGGUUUGAAUCCUAAGAAUUGCACAACCUGGCAAGUUAUUGGACAUUGUUCCUUAGAAUUACUUAAUGUAUUUUUCUUUUUUCUACAAAUUGGUCUUAAUGGAAAAUCAAGAUCAGUGGACUCCACCCAGAAGUGGCUGUGCAGUUUGUAUAACCGGAUCAACUGUUUCUGUCGCAGAGGAUUCAAGAUUCUGGAUUAUGGCCACUCUGAAAAAAACAUCAACAUUCACUACAGUUUUGGAAUUAACCAAACCAACAGGGUGA